AUGUUCCGCUUAAUGAUGCUCCUUGCGGGGCCUGGUGGCUUGCUGGCGGCAAGAACCGGUUCUCAAAACUCAUUUCUACAGAUAAUAUUUCCAGAGAAAAUUCAAGCAAAUACAAGUGAUAAUUCAGAGCUGGAAAAUGAGCAGUUAUCCUAUAUUAUCCCAAUAGAUGAGAAACCAUAUAUUGUCCACCUUAAGCAAAGAUUGUUUUUAGCAGCUAAUUUUAUGGUCUAUUUGUAUGAUCAAGGAUCUGUGAAUUCUCAUUCUUCAAAUAUUCAGACUCAUUGCUACUACCAAGGAUAUAUUGAAGGAUUUCCAAGUUCUCAUGUUACGCUUAGCACAUGCUCUGGACUGAGAGGAAUAUUGCAAUUUGAAAAUGUUUCAUAUGGAAUUGAGCCUCUGGAAUUGGCAGUCGAAUUUCAGCAUCUUCUUUAUAAACUUAGGAAUGAAAACAAUGAAUUUACAAUUUUUACCGAAAAUAGCAGAAGCAUAGAAACAAAACCAGUGGACUAUAACAUUUUUAUAAGUGAAAAAACAGAAUCAGCUGUUCCAGAUUUAUAUCCUCUUUAUCUAGAAAUCCAUAUAGUUGUGGACAAAACUUUGUAUGAUUACUUGGGCUCCGAUAAUACGAUGGUAACAAACAAAGUCAUUGAAAUUAUUGGCCUUGUAAAUUCGAUCUUUACCCAACUUCAAGUUACUGUUGUGCUGUCAUCACUGGAGUUGUGGUUAGAUAAAAAUAAGUUUUCUACAACUGGUGAGGCAGAUGAAUUAUUGCAUAGAUUUUUAGAAUGGAAGCAGUCCUACCUUACCUUAAGGCCCCAUGAUAUUGCAUACCUUUUCACUUACAGGGAUUAUCCAAAUUAUGUUGGAGCAGUAUUUCCUGGAAAGAUGUGUGAUAGUCGUUAUUCUGCAGGAAUUGCUUUGUAUCCCAAGGAUAUAACUUUGGAGGCCUUUUCAGUUAUUGUUACCCAGUUGCUGGGAUUUAGUCUGGGACUAACAUAUGAUGACCCAAAGGAAUGUCACUGUUCAGGAGCCAGAAUCUGUGUAAUGAAUCCAGAAGCUAUGCAAUCCAGUGGUGUGAAGACUUUUAGCAACUGCAGUUUGAAUGACUUCAAAAAUUUCAUUCUAAAUGUGGGUGCCAGAUGUCUCCAGAAUAAGCCACAAAUGCAAAGAAAAGCUCCCAUCUGUGGCAACCGCAAAGUGGAGGGCAAUGAAGUCUGUGACUGUGGUUCUAUGAAAGAAUGUGGACCUGAUAGUUGUUGUGAUCCUGGAACUUGUAGACUGAAACGAGGAGCACAGUGUCAUACAGGAUUAUGCUGCAAGAACUGUCAGAUUGCUCAAUCAGGAAUUGAAUGUAGGCCCAGAGUGCAUCCUGAAUGUGACAUUACUGAGUUUUGUAAUGGAAGCUCACCAGCCUGCGAGCCUGAUGUAACUAUACACAAUGGACAUUUAUGCAAAAACAACCAAUUUGUGUGUUAUGAUGGAGACUGCCAUGAUCUUGAUGCACGAUGUGAGAAAAUAUUUGGAAAAGGUUCAAGAAAUGCACCAUUUGCCUGCUAUGAAGAAAUCCAACCUCAACGUGACAGGUUUGGGAACUGUGGGUAUGGCAAUGUAUAUGGAUAUGAACCUUGUCCAUGGAGUGAUCUUAUAUGUGGAAGAUUAAUUUGUACCUACCCUACUCGAAUUCCUUUCCAUAAAGAAGAUGUUGCUGUGAUUUAUGCUUUUGUGCGAAAUGCUUUAUGUAUAACUAUGGACUUCAGAUUCCAUGUGUCAGUUCCAGAUCCGAUGGUGGUCCGAAGUGGCUCUCAGUGUGAUACAGGGAGGAUUUGUGUUAAUGGUGUAUGUGUAGAAUCAAGAAUACUUAUAAAUGAAUCAAAAACUUGUUCACAAAAGUGCAAUGGAAAUGGAGUGUGCAAUUCCAAAAAGAUGUGCCAAUGUUUUGAGGGCUUCAAUCCUCCAGAUUGCCUAGCGCGUGCCAGAGGAACUUCACUGUACCAAGAAGAAUUGGUCAGUUUAAUCAUGGAAAGAAUUUUUCGGAGGACUGAAAAGAACCAGUGGCUUAUUGGUGUCUACAUUUCUUUACCCAUUCUCAUCAUAGCAACUGUAAUAGCUGUGAAAUGGAAGAGUUUGAAACACUGGUUCACCAAGGAAGAGGAAUCACAAAGUAUUGAGUAA